AUGGUGCGAGCGCAGUUCCUAAUAACGUGGGCAUGCUGUUUGGUGGUGAUGGUGGCUCAUGUAAGAGGGCAAGAAAUAGCAGGUCUUGGUGUCAACUGGGGAUCACUAGCGUCACACCCACUGGAUCCUCCCAUUGUGGUAAAUACGUUGAAGGACAACGGGGUCAAGAAGGUUAAGCUCUUCAACGCAAAUUCUUGGACGCUCAAUGCCUUAGCCGGCACAGACAUCGAAGUCAUGCUUGGAAUUCCCAAUGAUCAGUUGAAUCGCUUUGCUCGCAGCUUCCAUGACGCGAAAGAGUGGGUCAAACAUAAUGUCUCCAAACAUCUGGACAAGGGUGGGGUCAAUAUCAAGUUCGUAGCGGUUGGCAAUGAGCCGUUCUUGAAAAGUUUCGACGGUUCGUAUCUGAAGUCCACGUUGCCGGCAAUGCAGAAUAUUCAGGAGGCUAUAGAGGAUGCUGGGUUGGGAGAUCAAGUCAAGGUCACUGUGCCUUUGAAUGCCGACGUUUACGAAUCACAUUCGAACAUGCCAUCGGAUGGGGAUUUUCGCAGUGACAUUCACGAUCUUAUGUUACAGGUAGUGCGUUUUCUUAACGACAAGAAGUCACCGUUUCUAGUCAACAUAUAUCCCUUCCUCAGUCUAUAUCAAUCCCAAGAUUUCCCUCGAGAUUUUGCAUUCUUUGACGGUGGCCGAACAAUUACCGACAACAACACACAAUACACCAACGUGUUCGACGCAAACUUCGAUACUCUCGUUUGGUCGUUGAAAAAAGCCGGUUUCCCAGACACGAAGAUUGUGGUCGGAGAAGUUGGAUGGCCCACGGACGGUGACAAGAAUGCCAACCCCAAUAACGCAAAAAGGUUCAACCAAGGAUUCCUCAAGAAAAUGGCAAGCAAGAAAGGGACGCCUCUACACCGAGAACCCAUAGAAGCCUAUUUGUUUUCGCUAUUCGACGAGGACCUGAAAAGCAUCGACCCAGGCAAUUUCGAGCGGCACUGGGGGAUUUUUCGCUUCGAUGGGGUACCAAAAUAUGCACUGGAUUUCACAGGGCAAGGACGAGACAAGAUGCCAAUAGGAGCAAAAGGGGUUGAGUACCAAGAACGGAAAUGGUGUGUGCUGAGGAAGGAAGAGAAGGACAUGAGCGAGGUGGCGAGUGCACUGAGCGAUGCGUGCCAAGGUGCGGAUUGUUCGAGCCUAGCACCAGGUAGUUCGUGUGGGGACGUAGACAUGCCUCGCAGAGCCUCCUAUGCGUUUAACCAAUAUUUUCAAGUGAGAGACCAAAGCGUGGAUGCUUGUGAUUUCAGUGGAAUGGGGCAAAUUGUGAGCGAUGAUCCAUCCUCAGCAAAUUGCUUAUUCGCUGUAGAAAUACAGAGUGGCAGUCACAUGCUCAAAGCAGAGCAUGUGGUGAGAGUGCUGUUGAUUAAUGCCUUCUUCGUCUUGUUCUUGACGUUGGUAUAA